AUGUUGGACAACAAUCUGAUCGCAUGGGGUACACAAUAUGAACUUGCACGCGGUGUUGCCAAUGGAGCUUGGACUUGGGCCAAUGUCCGAGAAAAUAUUGCGAAAUUGCAAGGCAAAUCUGCCGACUCUGCUUACAGAGUAAGGAGUGUUUUGCGUGGUCAGGAAAAUAUGCUAAAGGAAUCUAUUGAUCUCAGUCUUUGGCAGGAGCUUGACCGUGAGCAAGAUGCUAUCUUCGAGAACCAAGGCGCUGGUCUUGGUCUCAAUCAAUCCAACCAGAACUGGUACGGCGGCCAGAUCCAACAGCUCGCUCGUUUGAUCGGUGAAAAUGGAAAUUAUAAGAUUAUUCUCGAGCCCAUGGAGAAACGCCGAUCUCAUCGUUUUGCUCGUUUCUAUGGUUCAAGGAGGUUUCUUCAGCUUCGUAUUCCUGAACAAACUCUGCAGAAAGAAAGUCAUCAAGUGGUAAAGUUUCUCACGAGAAGUUUUGUGCUAUGUGGUCGAAUCUUUGUCCCUUUCCACUCUAAAGAAGGUUCACUUUACAUGGUUGAAACUGACCAGAACUAUGGACGCUUAUCCAUGGACUUCUUUGGUGAUCAGUAUCGCAUGCCAUUUUGUAAAUUUAUCAAUUGGCACAAUCCUCUCGCAGAACCCAAGAAUUACAACCAGACAAUCACCAAGUAUGCGACGCGUUUUGCUAUUGGUUUGUCGAAUUCGGUACCUGCCCUGGAAUUCCAGGCAAAAAAUAUAAUCUUCAUAGAUGACAUUACCACCGAUGACUGGCCUGAAGGAAAACCCAAUCCUCCGGCCGAAAAAUUAAUGACUGAUGGAUGUGGUUAUAUAAACCAUUCAGCUUUACAUGCCAUCGUCAAGCACAUGGAUUACGAAGCACUUCCUGCAGCCGUACAAGGACGUAUUGCUGGUGCAAAGGGCUUGUGGAUUCUACAUCCUGACGAUACCUCUGACGAACCGAAGAUUUGGAUUCGAAAUUCUCAGAACAAGAUCAAGUAUAGCGAGUUUGAUCGCUCCCAUAGGAUUUUCGACCUUCUCGGCCCUUCACGUCCCUCUUCUUCUAUAUGUCUAUCCGAACAGAGCAUUGUAAACCUUUUUAACAACGGAGUUCCUGCCGAGACACUUAUACGGCUUAUGGAAGAAGGACUGGAAGAAGAUGUUGCACCGCUCAUGGACUGGGAUAGACCACACGCAAUGGUUUUCUUAUGGGACGCCAUUAAUAAAUGCGGCAAUGUUUCUGGGUCUAGAACCCAGCGAAUUUCAGUUGCUCUUAACCGUGCACUUGGUUUGAAAGGACGCGAUUGGGGCCGUGAUAAUGAUGACAUCGAUGCCGAUGAGGAUGGUGUUGAAGGUGCUGAUGAUGGACCUACCUUGAAUACAGGCAGGAAUAUGUACAGUGGCGCACCAUAUGCCCUUCAUGAAGUCGCUGCUGAACUUAUUCAGGCUGGGUUUCACCCCGCUGAAAUGGAACUUUUGUACGACAAGAUUCGAUGGAUCGUCGAUAGUGCCAUGCGCACUUCCAUACAAAAGUAUCGUAUACCGAUUCCUGAAUCCCUUGGCGCAUAUAUUGCUCCAGAUUAUUUCGGAGUUCUCGAAGAAGACGAGAUUUUUUAUCAGUUCUCCAAACCUCGUAAGGACCCAGCAUCAAGCAUGCUUAAGCAUACCCUAGAAGGGCCAGUAAUUAUUGGUCGGUAUCCGAUCAUGUUGGGCUCCGACAUGAAGAAGGUAACUGCUUGUUACUAUAGGGAGUUGGAAUUGUUUCAGGAUGUUGUCGUUUUGCCGAUCAAAGGAUAUAGAAGUUUGGCCAAUCAACUCUCUGAUGGAGAUCAAUCCAUUGUGAUAUGGGCCGAGGACAUUGUCGCGCCGUUCAAAAAUACGCCUUUGGUUGAGCAACCAAAGGAUUUCAUGAAGGACAAUUUCGAAUCAGGCUCUAAAGUCCAGAGCGUGCGCGACUUCUGUCAUAAUAAAUAUAUUUCGCCACGCGCGACAAACGAGGCAUUUAUGGCUCAUCUCCUGGCCAAUCUCAACGACUCUGAGGUUGGGCUCUAUAACAUGAUGCACAAGAAUGCCGCGAUCGCGUAUGGCUACCAUGACUCAAAAACUAUUCGCCUGGCAUACAUAUUCACGACGUUGUUGGAUGCCAGCAAGACGGGUCAUAGACUAAAACAGGGUAUCAAAGCGAAGGACCUUGCGAAGUACAGCAACACAUCUCCAGAUAUCCAAGCUCUCAAGGAUAAGGCACCUAACCGCGACAUACUUUUCCUCCUCAACGACGCCGCUAAGAAGAAAGCAGAUGAGCUCUUCGAGCGGUAUGAAGCGAAAAGGCCUUCGAAAUACGACAACCAGGACAAAGACCUAAGAAGUCCAUAUGACGAUAUGUUCAAAUUUGCACUUGAGGCAAAAGAAUCUCAAAAAAUGCCAAAAUUCUUGGAGGAGUUGAGUAACAUCCGAGCACACGUCAACAAGGCGAAAGACAAGUGGAUAAUUGCCUGUGCGAAGGCGAAAGAAAAACAGUCGCCUGUUAAAGGCAAACCGUUCAAAAAGGCCAAAAACGAAGAUUUGAUGUUGGAAUGUACCCAGGCUUAUGCAGCACCGAUUGAAGGGAUCUUCCUCCUCAAAAAACAACUCAAACAGAUCAAAGCGUCGUACGCAUAUUGUGACUCGCCGAAAUUUGCUUUUACCGUGGCGUUCCUCGACCUUUGUCAUAUCAAAGCGGCAGCCUCCCCGGGAGGCCUUGCACCAUCACUGCGCAUCUUUGACGAUGCGAAAACCAUAUCUCCGUCAUUUUUAAGAGCUCUCAGAGCCGUUGACGAAGACAGUAUUUACUCUUAA